UUGUCCGAGCGAUCGAACAAUGCGAGAAAUAGUAAUGCAUGUCCAUUCCGCGCGUUGUUCCUAUCCUCUGGGACCUCGAGACCCAAUUCCGCGAAUCAUCGAAGGCAAGGCAUUCAAUUCAUCGCGGAAUCUCAAAAUCGCUCUCGUCGCCUUCGAUGCUCGGCUCGUCGCGAGGAAGAGUAAUGCAUGAAGCUAUCGUGAUGACGAUUCUGAUUUUCAUGGACGAGCGCCGAGAGGAAGCGAGAUUUCAAGAUGGAGUGUACCGAGAGGAUUGGCCGGCAGAGCCCGUUGGGUUUGAAUGGGAGGCCCCCGGAUUAGGGAAGCUCAAAAUGACGGCUCACGAGACUCACCUCGACAUGACUGUCAAAGGCUACAGCUUGAAGGCCCGUCUCACCGACGAGAUUUUGUGGGACACCGAGCAGUCGGAGAAAGGACCGGAGGGUUGGGCCAAAAGCUUCCCCAUUCCGACUCAUUGGUACGUCUACAGCCUGGGCUCGAAAGCAGAGUACGAGUUCUCCGGACCCGAUGGAGCUCUAGCGAGGAAGGGGACGGCUUUAGCCCAUUGCGAGAAAAAUUGGGGACUUACCUUCCCCAAUGGCCAUGUUUGGUUUCAGGGCUUUUCUAAAGAGAAUGACGCUCAGAUUCUCGGCUCAGCCGCAUUCUUCACUUUGGGAAGUGUGAAAACUCCAUACAUUGUAUCUAUGGGCUAUCGAUCGCCGGUGAUUAACAUCGACAUGAGGACCAAUGACCUCGGCACUGUGUUCAAAAAUAUAGAGAUUAAACCUCUAGAUGGUGAAUUUUCCGUCACCGGCGUCAGUACAUCUCACACCAUCCAGAUUCACGCGAAAGCGAACCCCGAGACAUUGUGCGAGUCGAUUCUUGCUCCCAUGGCGAAAGUGAAGUGGGAGUCCGCCUGCCGGGAGACGUUUUUGGCCGAGAUCACGGUGGAAGUGUACGAGCACGCCGCAUGGGGAAUCGCUGGAGACGACAAGCUCAUCGACAAGAGAACAUUCUUGUACGCCGGACUCGAGUUCGGAGAAGAUCUCCUGAAAGAAGCCACAGAAAACCUGAAGAAAGAGGACGAGGAUAAGCAAGUCGAAAGAUCACGAGCCAUCGAUAGUUAGGCUCAGAAUGGAUGAUUGGAGGAUGACUCCCACCGCGUUCAUCCAUCACUCAUGAGUGUACAGUCCUGGGCUCUGCUGCAUCAUGCUCGUCUGUCUCAAGGUAGCAUUCAAUUUGCAGUCUUGUACUCUAACUUGUAAACAAGUGUACAGUGCGGAAGUCACAUAUUAUUAACGAAGUUGAAAAGCAGUUCAGCUGAUUUUUGUAGAUGUGGGGACUGCAAAUCUUCUUCGUAGCGUCUCGGUCUUCACUUAUUUAUACCACCGC